AUGGCGGACGCGCCGUUCGAACCGCCGCCGAAGCAGUCGCCCUCGUCUCGAUCGUCCACGAGGAAGCGCACGACGAAAGCGGAGAAGGACGCGGAGCUCGCGAAGAAGGCGGCGAAGAAGCCGAAGAAGAACGGCCCAUCGCGCGCGCACGAGCAGAUGUACUGGGACCAGGGCAAGAAGAUCGUCUGCGGCGUGGACGAGGCCGGGCGAGGCCCGCUCGCGGGCCCGGUCGUCGCCGCCGCGUGCGUCUUCCCCGAAGAUUUGGUCAUCGACGCGAUCAACGAUUCGAAGCAGAUGACCGAAGAGGACCGCGAGGAGGUGUACGAGCAGCUCAUGGAGAACCCGGAGGUGCUAAAGUCCGUGUGCGUCAUCGACCACAAAGAGAUCGACGACAUCAACAUCCUGGAGGCGACGAUGAAGGCGAUGCGGAAGUCCGUGGAGGGCCUCCCGACAAAGGCGGACUGGGUCCUCGUCGACGGGAACCGCGUCCCGGAGCCGCUGAAAGGGCGAGCGGAGGCGAUCGUUAAGGGCGACGCCAAGUCCGUCUGCAUCGCCGCGGCGUCCGUCCUCGCGAAGGUGACGAGGGACCGGAUGAUGGUGGAGAUCGCGAAGGAGCACCCGGAGUACGGGUUCGCGGAGCACAAGGGGUACGGCGUCAAGUCGCACAUGGCGGCGAUACACGAGCACGGGCCGUGCCCGUAUCACCGGAUGACGUUCGCGCCGAUGAAGUACAUGCCGGGGGGGAGCGCGUACGACGGGGACGGGAAGUAG